CUUUGAGUGAGAAAAAAUGCAACCGUUCUCGAACGGCAAUCGGAGAUCAUGUGGCCCGAUACGGUUCCGUAGUUUGUUCGUAGGCUAUUCUGGAAAUACCCAACAAGUCCCAGUGGUGACAGGGGAUCUGUUUGUGAAGCAGUAAACCAUCAGUGCAUAGCGUACUGCCAACGAGUUAAAACGUAGAAUAGCAGGCAAUCAAUGUUUGCCAUUCUUUCAUUUGAAUUACUUUACUAAAAGAGAAAAGUAAAUCAGGUGUUGAAGUUUUAAAAAUGAAGAUGCAAUACUUAAUUUCCUGCGCCUCGGUACUGUUGCUUUUGUGUGGUCUAAGUGAAGGACAACGUUUGGCAGAACAAAAAUGCAUCGAGUAUCGUCGAUCACCGGAACAGUGCCCCAUUACGCCGCAUACACUCGUCGGCAGUGUCGAUCAGCGGGAAUUCCCUCAUUACGUCGCUAUUGAAGAUCCCGCUGAAAACACAAAAUACGAAUUCCUCUGCGGUGGUGCCCUUAUCUCCGAGCAGUACGUCUUGACGACUGCCUCGUGCAUUACGGAGGAGCUCGUCAAUUCCGUUCGUCUCGGAGCAGUACACGACCUUCGGGAGACGAAUGGGGUGCGCAAGGAAAUUGAAUCAUUCGUGCGACAUCCAAAAUAUAGUAGGGCUCUUGCAUAUCACGAUAUUGCACUUAUUCGCUUGAAUGAACCAGUUCAGUUUUCGGACACAAUAAGGCCAAUCUGCCUCUCGGAAGGUCUCACCGGCCAGGGUGAGCUUAUUCUUCACGGAUUCGGCAGAGAGAGCUAUUUGGACGAUUUAUCUCCGCAGAUGACCAAGCGAGUACAGCCCCCUCUGAUGGCUCGAUCUGAUUGUGAUGAUGUACUGUUGCUGCAUGCCACUCGUCGGCUAAGGAAUGGUUUGGCAAAAGAACAAUUUUGUAUCGAUUCCAGCAAUGAAGCAGCUUGUGCAACAUCCGUCGCGGAUCUUUUGGUAAAGAAGGACGAUCACAAUGACGGUUGCAACUACUUUUUGGAAGGAAUUGGAUCGGCAGGGUAUCCUUGUGGAGCGGAGAACUCCGUAGGCGUCUACACGAACGUGACCCAGUACCUGGAUUGGAUUGAGACAAUCGUUUGGAGUGGGGCAUAAUUCUCAGCACAAAUUAUAGCGGUUUUAUGUUAGUGACCAGUUUGAACAAACCAAUAACUGUCAAGGAUACUAAUUGUGAUUACAGUUAAGUAAUAAAAGAAAUUGCUAAUUUUUUAUUUGAAA